UGAACGCAGCACUCUGGUUAGCAAACAGUGGGCGGAGUCUAAAUCAGGCUGGACGAAUUGUUCACGUUCACGUCGACACCUAAUCUGAGCUUGUUUGCAGCAGGAGACAUGAAGCUUUCUGCCAGAACAACAACAACAACUAGGAUGACUUGCUGGUUUUAGAUCCAUCGUCCUUGUUUCGUCGCUGUCAGAUCCAAAGUAACGGCCAUGAUGGACGCAGCUCCUGGAUGAAGUCAAUCAUGUCUGUCAGUGUUUUCCUGUCACUUUUCCUGGCGCUGCUGCUGUGUGGCCAGCGGGCUGCCUCGGGCUCCCGGAAUCUCCUGACUGGUGUCGGGUUAUCUGGAGGCUCCUCCGGUACCGCCUUAACCAUGAUGUCAGAAAACAGCAAUGAUGAGUGUGACCUUGUGAUGAACUACAACAUUACAGACCGCUGCGGAUUUGUGAAGAGGACUCCUGACUGUGACAUGCAGGAUGGCUUCUUGAACUACCUGGAUCUGGCCUUCUGCUUGUUACGGCCCAACCUCUAUCCUCUCACUAUCACUCUCUGUGUUGUAUGGCUCUUCUUCCUGUUUGUCAUUCUUGGACUCGCCGCUUCCAAGUUUUUUUGUCCCAACCUGUCAGCCAUCUCCUCCAGUCUCCACCUCACUCACAACGUGGCCGGCGUGACGUUUCUCGCUCUGGGUAACGGAGCUCCAGACAUCUUCAGUGCCAUGGCAGCGUUCUCCCAUCCGCACACUGCUGGCAUGGCUGUCGGAGCCCUGUUUGGAGCCGGUAUAUUUGUUACAACAGUUGUUGCAGGCAGCGUUGCUCUGGUAAAACCUUUCCCGGUGGCCUCCCGGCCGUUUCUGCGUGACGUUGUCUUCUACAUGUGUGCAGUAUUCUGGACUUUUCUCAUGCUCUACAGAGGAACCACGACUCUAGGAGAAACACUGGGUUACUUGGCGCUCUAUGUGAUCUACGUUCUGACCGUUAUUAUCAGUGCUUUCAUCUACAAUCGGCAAAAAAACUCAGUGAAUACGACGGUCCAGAGUGAUUCACCUUUUCCAGCAGAACUGAACUCAUCUGACUCCUCUGAUGAUGAUGACGAUGGGAUUCACUGUUUGAUAGACGAACCGGUCCAACAGGUUUAUGAGUCGGAGUACAGACCACUCCUGCCUUAUUCUGAGUCCACAAGUCACAUCCUGCUGAGCUCUUUGAACCCAGUGGACAACAGGAGGUGGAGACGGAAACCACUCAGCUGGAAAGUUUUUAAAGUACUCAAGUUUCCUCUGGAGGUGCUGCUGCUGCUCUGUAUCCCUGUGGUGGACCCCGACAAGGAGGACAGAAACUGGAAACGCCCGUUAAACUGCCUCCAUCUGAUCACCGCUCCUCUGGUGUGCCUGCUCUUCUUCCAGUCUGGAAAAUAUGGAAAUAAAAUGAUCCAGGAUCAGUUUCCUCUCUGGGGUCUGGUUCUUCUGCUGGGACUGUUUCUGGCUGCUAUCGUUUUCUGCACAACCACCAAUGAUCAUCCUCCCAAAUAUCACCCACUUUUUGCGCUGUUGGGUUUUGUAGUGAGUGCUGUGUUGAUCAGCGCAGCGGCCUCAGAGGUCGUCAGUCUUCUGCACAUGCUCGGUGUGGUUCUGAGUCUCAGCAACACGGUGCUGGGGUUGACUCUUCUGGCCUGGGGUAACAGCAUCGGAGACUGUUUUUCUGACAUCACCAUCGCUCAGCAGGGCUACCCACGCAUGGCCAUAUCUGCCUGCUUUGGAGGCAUCAUUUUCAACAUGCUGUUGGGAGUGGGUUUGGGAUGUGUUGGGCAGAUGAUUCAAACAAAGUCUAACGUGCAGUUUGAAACGGAGGGACUGUUGACGUGGAUCCUAGCAGCAUCCCUGGGCUUGUCCUUGGCUCUGUCUUUCAUCAUCGUCCCACUCAACAACUUCCAGUUAGGUCGCAAAUAUGGGAUCUUCCUCCUCGUCUUCUACAUCAUAUUCCUCGUUAUUGCUCUUCUCGCGGAGUUUCAGAUAAUCCACACCUGACCGACCAUCCGGACCUUCAACCACUCAGAACAGUAUUUUACUGUGAUUAAGAAACAAACACUGGAAAAGUCUUCUCCUGCACCAAAUAAUCCACCAUUGAGACAUUUUUUUAUUUAUGUAGAAUUUGUUUUUACACCUUUAAGUGUCAAAUUAACAGAAAGCUGACUUUUCUGCUCAGGGAGGACUGAAACCAAUCACCGUGCCUUCACCCCUCAUUUCUGGCAUUACUGAGUCCUGAGAGACACAUGAUGUAGAAAUGUUUGGAUUUAAAUCUUGAUGUGCUUUAAAUCAAAAAUAUUUAAAUUUUAAAAAGCUGUGAAAUUUGGAACAAUGAUAUUUUUUUAUAUAAUCAUCAGCAUUUUUACAAAGCAAAUACAACACGUGCCUUUGACUAUUAGAAUAGUUUAUUAAAACCUUCUCGUGUUACAGAAUGAGAAGUCAUAUGUAAAAUACUCAGUCUGCUGAGACCACUAGGAGAAACUUUACACUGUAAAUUUGCUGGAAUGAGC